AGGAAACCAGGGGGCGGUGUGCACGUAACGUAACAAGAGUCAUAACAAGAGACUCUAAAGGAUACAAUACAGAACCAUGGCGGAGAAAGAUGCAGAAAAUGUCAAAAUGCAUAAUGAGAGACUACUUCUGAACCGGAGGAAUGAGCUCGACUACUGGAAGAAGAACGCCGAGCGGAUCCGCGGGCGGAACCGGCUGACGGGGCUCGCCAUCGGCGCGUUUGUGGUCGGCAUGUUCGGCUACACCAUUCUCUCUGUCAAACAGGAGAAAAUAAUGGAUGACAUCGACAAGGAAGCAAAGGUCCAAAUCUGGAGAGGUCCUCGUACUGGAGCCAACUCCUAGAUCCUGUGUGUGUGUGUGGGUGGCUGUGUGUGUGUUAAAACAAAUGUGGGUGUGCUCGUGCUGUAUGAUUAAUCAAGACCACAGGACCCACUUGGUUGUUGAUGAAGAACAGAACAUAACAGAGUCUAGUAUGGAAGAAUAGGAUUUGGGUCAACAUCAAAUCUGUAAACAUCUCAUGAAAAAAAGAACAUGUUGCGUGUUGUUGACUUGCUGCUUCUACAUAUCUUAUUAACCAGAGGAAUACAAAACUAUAUUUAACAUGUAUGUCAUCUCUGAGGAGGCGCCAUUCAAUUUUCUGUCAUGCACUAUGUUUGUCACAUUAUAUUAAAUUAUGUUCAUAAAUAAUGUGGAUAUAAAAUAAAAAUGGUUAU